AUGUGUUUCUGUGUUUCAGGCUUCGUAAUUAAUCCAUACUGGCCUCGAAGCGACAGCGCAGCGUCGUCGCUCUUCGGCGGGAUGCCGGGCGGUUACGGCCUGGGGGCCCCCCAUUUGCCCUCGGCUUACGCCAUUCUGGGCCGGGGGGGCUCGGCGCCCGGCUUCGGGGGUCACACACCAGCCUCGGCGCCACCCCCGUCCCCGUACCCUCACAGCAGCCUCGGUACGCUCAGCGUGGCCGCCAGUCAAGCUGCGAGCCUGGGCAUCAAUCCAGCAGCCAGUGCAUGGUGGACAAUGGCCUCUCAUCUGGCGGCGCAAGACUACCUCGCGAGGCUACAAGGAGCGGCAGGACUCCCAGGAUUUCCGCCCGGUGCCGAGAGCCUCCUGCCGCCCUAUCCCGCCUCUCUACUUAAUCCCCCGUCCCUCUCGUCCCACAAGUCCAGUAAGUCUAAGUCAAGCAAGAGUCACAAGACACCGGCCAGCAGUAGCAGCUCAACGACGCCGAGCAUGACGAGCAGCAGCCUGCCGGUGUCCACUCAACCGCCGGUGACGUCCUCUCAUCACAGCACCACCUCGGUCAGCAGCACGCCAAAUUCGCAAGCGAACGUCGUCAGUUCGGCGAAGGAAGGAAGUGAUCCUAGCAGUAUAUUGGGAGGUGUGCGCUUACCUCCCGACACGGAGAUUAUCAAGUAUACGUCGAGUAUAGUCGGCCCGAAGGUCCCCGGGACGACGAACCGCGGCAGGAAGAAGACAAUAUCCUUGGACACUCCCAGUGUCAGCGUACACCCGCCGCCCGUCUCUGCCCUUAGCGCCCAUCAGAUGAACACGACGUCGUCCUCAUCGCUAAUGAUGGAACCGAGGAAGUACAAUCGCACGGGGACCGACUCGAACGAGUACAGAGAUUCGGUGGAUCGAGUGGAGGUAAUCAAACUGCCGGCCCAUUCAACGAACGGCUCCGUACUGUCGGCGCCGCCGACGUACACCAGCAGCGGUAGCAGCGGCGGCGGCAGCAACGCGAACAACAGCAUCAACGAUUCGGACGCGCCCCUAAAUCUCUCCCUGAAGCCCGCCACGACGAGCAGUAGCUCGCCGAUUUCCGGUAGUCAGCCGCUCAGUCAGCUCAGUAAUUUAAGCCAAUCGUUACUUGCCUCCGAUCGAACGUCGAGACGAAAGCCCGGACCAAAGCCGAGGAGAGUGCCGCAGAACUCGGUGCCGGUGCCGGCGUCGCCUAGUCCCUCCCUGGCGCAGCUGUUCGCCGCCGCGGACUCGCCACAGCGGCCGAGCAGCGGCAGCGAGGAGAGCGAGAGCGCGAGCACUGCCACCCAUCACAAGGACGGUAGGCCGCGAAAUCUCGGCCGCGGUGUAUCGAAGCCUAAGAAGAACACGGUCGCCUCGUUGCUGGCUCAAAGCAGAGCUCUAGGAAUUAAGCCCACUCCGACUCUGGAUCCAAGUGUGCCAUUGUCUCACCAAGUAUCGUUGUUGAGAUCGAAUAUACUGGCGGCUCAGUUGCACGCUUCCGUCGCCACUGGCCAGGCUGAUGACAAGAACCAGUACUAUCACUUGCUAACGAAGAUACAGAAGAAGAAGCGACCUCGACCAAUUCGUGCUUCGUGGGCGAGGAGCCAUGAGAAAAUGAAAAACAAGUUGCUGGAGGCCUCGGGAGAAGAGAGUAACAUGGACGUGACCAGCGAGAGCGGCAGCAACACCGACGUAGUCACCGACACCGAUGACGACAAUGCAGAAGGCACACCCAGCGCGAAGAGGAGAAAGCUCAAGCCCAGCGAAAGAGACCUUCAAAUGCCGUUAGAGCGCGGUUGGAAGCGUGAAACGGUUAUCAAGGGACUGGGGAAGACGGGAGUGAUAAAAGGCGACGUGUCGUAUUACAGCCCCUGCGGGAAAACUUUUAGGAGCAGUCCCGAUCUGGUGAAGUUUCUGGAGCAUCAGAAUCCAGCCGAGCUAACAACCGCCAAUUUUUCCUUUUCCUCUCGCCCGUUGGUCGGGGAAUUCCUGCAGCCGACGAUGGGUCUAACGGACGCCGAGUUCGUCAGACUCGGUGCUCAGGAAGUGGCGCGAAGAUUGGAGGACCUCAGAGUGGCCGGCGGUUUCAGAGACGCACGGACGAACAAUCAGUACGAGAGAGACAAGCUGGCUUACGCGAAGAAACUCGCGAAGGAAGAGGCGCAACGGCACAAAGAACAAGCUAGGCUUAUUAAGGAGCAAGAGAAGACGGAACGGCAGGAAACCCUGAGACGAGAACGGGAGAUCAGGAAUCAACAGCUGCUCGAGGGUCGAAAGCGGCUCGCGUUCACGAUCAAGCAGAAAAUGAAGAUCAUCCAAGAGAUCGAGCGCGGCAAGAGCAAGAGCGACGUGGCUCGCGAGCUGGGUCUGGCGAGCAGUACGGUCGCCACCAUCUGGAAGAAUCGCGAGAGCAUCGCCGAGAGCUGGCGCAACCGGGACAUGAUGCACCAGGCGGACGUCGAGGACGUGCCGUCGAAGAAGCCGCCGUCGAUGUCGUCGAUGUCAUCCCUCGCGCCGACCACGGCCGCGCUCUGCACGCCGGUGGCGAUGACCACGAUGACGACGACGACGGCCGCGAUGACGACGACGCCACCGUCCCUGGCCGCCGGCGUGGUCGUGCCGCCUCCGCAGGUGCAGGUGGUGCCGCCGGUACUGCCGCCGCCACCUUAUCCCACCUUGACCCUGCCGCCGGUGUCGGCGGGCCUCGUCCCGUCACCGCAGCCGACGACGCCCAACUCCUCCUCGUCGAACCUGUCGUCGACCACGUCGACCGGCACGACGACCGCGACCAUGCCGCCGGACAAUACCCAGCAGGCACAGACCCAGACGCAGAGCCAGGAACUUCUGGAGGCACGGAAAAAACGGGAGGAAGAGGUGCAGAAGAUCCGACUGGAAGAACAACAAAGGAAGCAACAGGAACGAGAGCUGAAGAGGCAGCAGGCGGUCAUACUGAAAGAGCAGAUGUACAUGCAGGAGCUCACCAAGCAGCGCGAGAUGCUCUACACCGUCGAGCUGGAAAGGGAGAGAAGGAGGCAGCAUAUGGCCCUGGUACGGGCACUGGAGAACCGCCGCAAGAUGGAGGAGAAAGAGAAGAAACGCCUGGAGGCCAGGGCCGAGAGGAUAGCGACGAAGGAAAAGCGAGCGGAACAGAGGAGAGUCGAGAUGGAGUUGAUCGAACAAAUUCGCAAGCCUGUGGAGGAUAUGGAGCUGACAGAUCACAGACCACUGCCAGAAAUCAAAAGAAUACCUGGACUUAAGCUCUCCGGACAAGCGUUCGCAGACAUCGUCAUGGUCUUCGAAUUUUUACACAAUUUCGGGGAGACCUUGGGAUUCGAUAUGGAAUCGCUACCCAGCUUGAAGAGUCUCCAACUCGCUCUUCUCAACGACGAAGAAGCCGAAGAGGAGAUGCUGUCGGUUAUGACGCAUCUGUUGGUGUGUGCCAUUGAAGAUCCGGGAAUCCCGCAACCGGCUAGACACACCACAGGCUUGGGUCAGAGCUUGCGUCAAGCUGACAUCACUCACGCCAACAUCAGUGAAGUACUGCGAAUUUAUUUGUACGCGAACGCAACCGGCGAAGUGAAAGCUCUGACAGGGGUGUGCCUUGAGCGUGAACGCGACAAGAAGUUUGCCGAUCAUCAUCAGAACGGCGGCGAUUACGCUUCGACCUGCUCGGGGAAGAACGCGCAGUUCUAUGAGCACUUACAUAACAACGAAACGUGGAAGAUGUCGGAAAGAUUGCGGGACAAGCCUUUCCUAGCGUUGAAUCCGACGCAUAAGGCGCAGAUGCUCGCUUUCCUUUGCAACGAGCUGCUGCAAAAUAAGGCUGUGAUCAGACAGAUAGAGGGUAGCCUCGAGACAGUGGCUCAGCUGAGGAAGGAGAGAUUCGUACUGGAUACCAAAAUCAGAAAGCUUAGACAAUUACAUAGUCGAAAAAUCCGAAUGGAAGCUGUGGGCGUCAUUGUGAACAAGAUUGGCGACACAAUCACCAUCGAGAAAAAGGAAGGUGAGGAAGAAGGUAAUACCACGUCCACUGCCGUAGGUACGACCCCUACACCAGACGAGAUUCAUCACGAGGACGAAGUAGAAGAUAUGUCUGAGAAUGAGAGUGAAGGCACUCAGCCAGAAGAGGAGGAGGAUAAAAAUUUGUCUGGCGAAGAAUUGGGUAAGAAGUUGGAUAAACUACUGAAGCAAUCGGAGGAACAACUGCAAAAGCUGAACAGUUCUUCGAAGCAACUCCGCGCGCAUAUAUUUGGCCAGGACAGGUAUUGGAGAAGAUAUUGGGAAUUAGCAUGCGCCGGCGGCAUCUUCGUAGAAGCUAUGGAGAGCGCCGAACCGGAGGUUCUCGAACUCCAAGCCGAGCUCGACGAGAAGUACAAAAAUAUGCCGGUAGAAGAGAAGCCCGAGGUGAAGCAAGAGGGCGAAGGCAAGACGAAUUCCGAAAAUCGUGAAAAUGAGGCGCCGAAUGAAGUCAAAGAUGAAAAGAAACACAACUCGAGUGAGCAGGAUGAGGACGUGAAAUCUCACGGGGAUAAGCUGAAGUCCGAGGUGGAGGAGGUUAACUAUAAGAAAGAGUCUGUACAAAAUUGCAGCUCGGAGAAUUCCGAAGGUGUUAAGGAGGAGAAGAAAAACAACGACGUUGAUAGUACAAUGACAGAUGCGAAGACGAACGUUACGUCCGAGGAGAUAAAACAGGAAACGGAGGUGAUCAGUAUGGAUGUCGAUAUGAAAGAGGAAAUGAAGAAGGAGAACGACGAGACGGAGGAAGACAUGAAGCCUAUGGUGAAAACGAUGGAGGAUAAAAUUGUAGAGACGAUACCGAACGGCGACAAGUACAACCACGUGAAUAAUCUGCACAACGGGAAGGAACUCAACGGCUCUUUCAUUUCUAACAACAGCAAUGCCGAGCCUAAUUGGUUUUCCAUCUUACCGCGUGAAACGUGCGAUACUCCGGGACCGAGCACUAAGCAAAUCUUUGGCAUAGCCGAGCCGACCGAGCUCAGAAUCCCGAUAUUCCCACCGCCAGCUAGUCCAAAUUACGAUAGAUGCGACAGUCCGGCGCCCCUGAUAUUGACUCAAGAUGAGGCAGCGCAACUGGAGUAUUUGAAAGUGCACGGUUUACCUCCUCCGGGAGAAGCGAAACCGGUGUCGAAAGAUCUGAGAUACGGUUGGUGGAGGACAACAGAUGUCGAUACGUUUCAAGAACUUCUCGAGCAUCUACAUUCUCGCGGCGUCCGCGAGAAGGAAUUGAAACGCACAACGUGGGCCACAAUGGAGUCCUUUCUGGCUGUAACUGGUAAAAUUAAUGUCGACCCUGGCAACAUCGCCGCCACGGAGCUCCAAGCAGAACCGGACGAUUCCAACACGCCAAUUCCGCGGCCUGAUAAUCCGAACAGCUGGAGCGAGCAAGUUGCGCUACGAGUAGACGCUCAACUCUUGGAGCAAGUGGAAGCGCUUGAAGAUAAAGUGGCUAACGCCAGCAUGCAAGUCAAAGGCUGGAAGCUACCGCCGCGAGCGGGAUCCGAGGAAGCCGAAGAAAUUGAGAAGCUGAAUGAAAUGGAGAAGAUUAGCGCGGUCGAGCAAGCGCGGCAAAGGCUACUUUCUUUGGAGGCAGCUAUAGAAAGGAGAUACUUGAAGCCACCUUUAGGCGUUUGCACGGGAGAUCCCAACUUAGCAGCCCUCAAGGCGGAACAGGCGGCGGCCGCUAACGCAAACUCGAAUAAUUCCGAGCAGAAUAACCAGGCGCCUGCACCGCCAGAGGAAACGACGCCACGGGGUCUGAACACCUGGCGGGAGGCGACCGCACGAGCGCACACGUCGGCGCAACUCGCUAUGGCGCUCUACAUGCUCGAGGCCAGCAUCGCUUGGGACAAGAGCAUCAUGAAGGCUGUGAGUCUAACAACAGCUAGAAACUCGGUCUGCGCCAAGCUACGAAACCGCUGCGUCUCACUCAAAGCUACCAAUCAGUACAAACAGCUAUUGACUACUUCUCAGACCUCUAAUUGCCAGUUUUGUCAUAGUGGAGACAACGAAGAUAAACUGCUGCUCUGUGAUGGCUGUGACCGUGGCUACCAUACUUAUUGUUUCCGUCCAAAAAUGGAAAACAUUCCUGAUGGUGACUGGUAUUGUCACGAAUGUAUGAACAAAGCAACAGGUGAACGCAAUUGUUUGGUGUGUGGAAAGAGAGCGGGUAAAAACCUGGUCCUAUGCGAACUCUGUCCUAGAGCUUAUCACACUGACUGCCACAAUCCUGUCAUGCCAAAAAUGCCACGAGGGAAAUGGUAUUGCUCUAAUUGCCACAGUAAACAACCAAAGAAGAGAAAUAGUAGUCGAAGGAGUCAUACCAAAGGGGGAGGCACCAGAGAAAGUGAAAGUUCUGAUCAUCCACCAGCUAGUCCAACGCCAUCAACGGCAUCGAACACGCACGUAGAGGAUGUCAGUUCGUCGGAACCGCCGACUCCUACCGCCUCACCACGGAAGGAGGGUAACAAUCGGACGCUCACGAAGAAGCAACAACGAGAGCUGGCGCCUUGUAAGAUACUCCUCGAACAGUUGGAGCAGCAGGACGAGGCCUGGCCGUUCCUCCUGCCGGUGAACACCAAACAGUUCCCGACCUACAAGAAAAUCAUAAAAACCCCCAUGGAUCUCAGUACGAUUAAGAAGAAAUUGCAGGACUCCGCGUACAAGUCUCGCGAUGAGUUUUGCGCCGAUGUCAGGCAGAUGUUCAUCAACUGCGAGGUAUUCAACGAGGACGACAGUCCUGUGGGCAAGGCCGGCCACGGGAUGCGCAGUUUCUUCGAAAUGCGCUGGACCGAGAUCACCGGCGCGCCACCUCCGCACCCGCAAACACAUAGCUGAGGCUCGGUACGUUCGCGCAACACCUGCAACAGCUUCGCUCACUUCUACUAUUAGGAUACGCGCCGCGUCACUGACCGCGAUAGACCGACAUUCGUCGAGAAGGGACUGAUCCACCCUCCUACCACUUCACUUCCGAGCAUUAGUCGGCCUCGUUCUAGCGGCCGAUCGAAUUUUCCAUUGUAAUAGUAAUCGUUGCGAGUGCGCCCUCGCCUAUCACAUCCAUUCUCGCUGUUCAUCACGUGCGCGAGUGCGUUUUUCUCGCGUUUUAUAAGACGCUCUUAGUACUCGUCGGGUAUACUGUGACACGAAUGUCUCGUACUUCAUUUCCUUGUUAGCACCUACGACGCGGUUUUCGUCAGACUUACUCAUUGUAAAGUAUUAUAGCGAGCUCUCAGCCGAUCGGACACUCGGCUUCGGUUUAACGAAUAUUGAUUAAGGUUGCGAGAAGCCUCGCAACCUGGGUCGAGAACUUGGUCUGCGGUGAAAAGCACCCUCGCUCGACAUCGACGUGAUUAAUCAGAUAGGAGAUAUACGCGCGCAUCGUUUCGAUCCCCGUCGAUUGGGACGGAGCAAUGCGAAUGGUCAUUGUACUUAAACAAGUCAACAUUUGCCUAAGCGACAAAGAAAGAGGUGUAAUUUGCGAUUGUAUUAUACGGGCUUAAUGCCGACGCAUCGUCGGCGAAAGAAAUAUUUUGCAAAGUAAUAAAUGUGAAAAAGAGAGAAGUUAUAUAUGUAUAUAUGAAUAUGAAUAUAGUAUAUAUGUAUACAGAAUCUAUAUACAUAUAUUGUACACAUGUCACGACAUGCAUACAUUCAAACGUACAUUUGCCCACGGAUGAGCACGAUAAGGGUAUUAUUCGCCGUAGUAGUAGAAUAGACAAAACGAUGAACGAAGUUAAUGUUUGAAUUUGCAGCACAAUAGUCUGGAUAGCCAGGGGAAUAACUCUUGUUCGCAGAUUACGUAAAGAAACACGACUCGUUCUCCCCCCCCCCCCCGCGAACAGGUGAUCGAGCAAUGUGCGAGUAAGACUUAUUCCGGUCACCCGGACCGUCGUGCUACAAAUUGAAGGAAAAGAUCUUAACACCGUUUCGCCAGAACCACUUCGGUUUCUUCAUGCUUUCUUCAUGUCCUUUGCGUUUAGUUUCGGUUGUCAUUUAACUUGUGAGUUGUAUAAUAGACGCAUGAUGUACGCAGAGUGUAAUGUAACGAAGCGAGAGAAAAUUUCUUCGUGAUUUUCACACAUCAGUAUUCCAAGACUAUACGUCUUUACGGUGACUUGUUGUAUUGAUUCGCGGGUAUUAUAAAAUUUGGCAAAUAAGUGUGGGAUUUAACGGUCGUAACUGCAAUUACUUGUUUGAAAGAAGAAAUUUAGGCGGUUAUUGUAACGUAGUCGGCGAUUAUUCUCCACUUAAUUAAUUAACCGCGCGUUGGGUCUUGCGUAUCCCGUGUAUGAACGAUACGUUGAGAACAUUGCUCGUAGAAACAAAAGAAACGUCAAGUCUUUCUAGAAUACUCGCGUCUGCUUGAUUUUACGCAGCGCAACGUCGCGUUCCGAAUGCUGCACGUUGCGCGUGCAAAUCCAAAAUCUUCCACUGCCGUUAGAGAGAUUCGCGUUGCGUUAAGCUCAUCGACCCAAAAUAUUUCUUGUCUAGAAAUCACUAACCGCGCACGCGGAAAACGUUCGUUAUCCACGAAAGUGGCCGCGUCCAUCUAGCUUCCUACUUUUCGUUCAUCGAGUGUCACGAAGGUUCCGAAUCAACGCAGCAUAUGCACGACAAAAUUAUUCAGGGACGACAUCGCCAGAGAGCAGGGCUCUGUCGAGCUGAUCAGCGUGUCCGAAUCAGCGUGAAGAUUGUACGAAUGCAUUGCACAGCAAGCGCCUUUGAGAGAACGAAUUCUUUUCCGGGAGUAAUAAACGCGAUUGCGUUUUUAUUGUCGUCGAAAAGCUAGGUUUUCGUAAUUACGCCGUGCGUAGUAUUAUUAUUGUAAUGUAAGAAUUUUAUCCGCGCGCCAGUCGAGCUCGACGGCGCGGAGACUCGCGGAGUUUUCCAAGGGCUACAAUCGACGCUCGGCCGAUCGCCGGAGGAUCUUUCGAACAAAGUGUCGUCGCAGCGUCAACGGUGGAAUAAACGCGAGAGGAAACGGCGCAUCGCGCUGCGAACGAUCGUCAAACGGCGGCGAGUUUCUCCGAUUAAUAAUAAACGUGGUACCUUUGUGAGCGCGAGCAUCUUACGCGAGACGGUGUCGACGGUGUAUAACGAGAGCACAUUAACACUUGUAUCUUGUUUUGUAUGUAAUUGAUGUACAUUAUUGCUCGUAAUAGCGAAAAUAGUUGGUAAUAGCGAGAGAAACCCGGGGGAAGGGAGUUCAGCCGUAGUGUGACGUGCUAAAUGAUUACGGUUUAAAGAAAAAGGAAAAAAAAAACAUUCGUAGCGUGUAAAAGUAUUAGCUAGAGUAUAAAUGCCAGCGGGGAGGAGCGACUACGAAGUAUAAAGUAAUUAAUAUCGUUCGGGGGUGCGACUGAAACGGGAGCGUUGACGUGAACGUCGUAAUUUUUAGGAACGAACAUCCGGUAAGAUCGCAGACGAGGUUGCGCGACGAUUCUAAAUUCUGCGGCGUCCCGACGCGUCGAGGGGUGGCUCGUUGGUUUCGCACUCGCGAGGACUUGCUGGGAGACGAGAGUAAGAAAAUUUUUAAGGGCCUCUGAUCUUAAGGAACUUACAAAUUUAAUUAUUAACGACCAUCUGUCCCGAGGUGCAGCAUUUAAAUUUAUCGCGAGGGCACUCUCGAUGUAUUAAUUUCAAAUAUAUAUUACGAAAGUCGUGAGAAAUUUUAUUCCGUUUCUCUUUUUUUUUCUAAUUUCUGCUUUUGUCAUCUCAGUUUCUCGACAUCACGUCUGACUUCAACCGACGUGGAGAAGGAAAAUAGCUCUCGCAAUAUACGAGACUGCGAUCAGUUCAUAUGUAAGUUGAUAAAGCGCAGAUUGUGGGGCAUUUUGUCGAUCUUACCGAUUGUUCCUCGAGAGGCAGUGCCCCUUGGAGCACCGCGCCUCGCACUGUCAUACAGUAGCCGAUACGUUUAGACAUCUCAUAUAUUCAGACGACAAAACCGAUACGCAACAACAGAAACAAAUAAUUUUUUAAAAUUCAACUCUUAUUUAAAUAGUUACAUUGUUAGUACGAAUAACGACGCUUUUUAUACGAAUUUUAGUUUUUAAACGUCGAUCUUACGAUAUAUAUAUAUAUAGUAUAAAUAAAUAAAUAUAUAUUAUAUAUAUAUAGUAUAUAAAAAUGAGAGACAAUGGUAACAGUAAUAAUAAUUGAUAUCGAUUAAUUAAGGAGCGGAUAAAGAGAAACGAAGGCAGUGUGUGGGAGAAGAGCGAGCAGAAUGAAAGAAAGAGAGAAAGAUAAAUAAGAAUGCGUGUGUGCGAAUGAAAAUGAAAGAGAGAGAGAGAGAGAGAACGAGAGAAAGAGAUGUUUAAGUUAGGUGAUUGUUUGUCUAUCGUAUACACGAAGGCAUACGUUAGGUAGCCUCGAUGCUAUUUAAACAGACUUAAUUAAUGUAUUGCAAAUGAAUUAAUAAAGUGUAAGCGAAGCGUGUAUCUAUA